UUCCUUUCUUUCCCUUAACCUUUGGACGACGAAACGGCCUUCACACGAACGAUACCCCGCGAACCACCCAGUGAUCAUUACACACACCGCUCAAGCACACACACUCUCUGACUACGGAUUUUUUUCUUUUCUUUAUUGUUUCCUCCCCUCGAGCAGCAGACGCAAACAGCACCGCAAUCCAGCCAACAUGUCUUGGGCAGGCUUCAAGAAGAAUGUCAACCGCGCGACGACGCAGGUGAUGAUGAAGACGGGUCAUGUGGAGAAGACCAACGAUCGCGACUACGAGGUUGAGGAGAGGCGAUUCAGAACCAUGGAGACCGCUUCGUUACGGCUGCAGAAGGAGGCAAAGGGAUACUUGGACUCAUUGCGAGCCAUGACUGCUUCCCAGAUGCGCAUUGCCGAGACGAUAGACGCCUUCUACGGAGACUCGGGAGCCAAGGACGGCGUGAGCAGAAGUUAUAAGCAGGCCGUGGAGGACCUUGAUGCCGAGACGAUCAAGGCGCUAGACGGUCCUUACCAACAAACCGUUCUCGAACCAAUUUCCCGAUUCUGCGCCUACUUCCCCGACGUCAACGAAUGUAUCAAGAAGCGUGGCCACAAGCUGCUCGACUACGACGCGCUGCGCGCCAAGGUCAAGAAGCUCGUCGAAAAGCCUGACAAGGACGUGACGAAGCUGCCGCGCGCUGAGAAGGAAAUGGAGAUGGCUAAGACGGCCUACGAGCAGCUCAACGAGCAGCUGUCGACGGAGCUGCCGCAGCUCAUCGACCUCCGCGUGCCGUACCUCGACCCUACCUUUGAGGCCCUCGUCAAGAUUCAGUUGCGCUUUUGCGCCGAGGCCUACAGCCGCAUGGCACAGGUCCAGCAGUACCUCGAUGCCGACACGCGAGAACAGUACGCCCAGGGCCAACUCGACCAGCGUGUCGAGCAGGUGUUGCAGGAGAUCCGGGAGCUCAGCAUCAGCGGCACGGUGUGAGCGCGGCCUUCCAUGUAUCCUUUUCUAGUGAGAUCAGGGACGGUCUCCGAUCCCACACAACGUCCCCUUUGUGGUAAUAGAUGGCGGGAGAGGAAGGGUGGGGGGGGGGGGGGGUUACGGGCAUGGUCUAGGAUGGGUCAGGCUUUUUCGGGGUGUUGUAAUAGAAAAAGGCCUCCUAGACUUGCGAGUCACGACGGCGGGCUCUCGGACAGUCACGAAGCCCCAUGACGACGUUGCAUCAUUGUAUGAAAAAUGACUUUUCUUUUCUUCUCUUAAUCAAGGGUAUCAUUGGUUUUACCGUUGCUCUCCUUAGAGCCGCCCCCCUUUAGUUAGAAUGGUGUCGUGAAUUUCGUGAGCUGACAUGGGACAUCCUAACCCUCAUCAUCAUGCCUCAUGGCGUCGGCGCGCCGCGUACUUUAGAACGGAGUACACUUCAGUAACAACUUGGCCAUCCAGGGCCGAGGUCCCGUCGGCUGCAGUGUCGUCGGCUGAUGGGCCCCUCCCUCUCGGUCCCUGUCCUUCCACAUGUCAGGAUCCUCCGCGACGCCCCAGCUCCUCAUCGCGAGCGCUCGCUGCCCGGCCACCGC